GGACCCCCGCCGGGGCAGCUCAGUGUGCUUACGUGCGUAAAUAAGCAGGCUCCCAUCCUGAUUGGGUUUAGGUGAGUAGUUGCCACGCCCCAUGGUGUUGACUCCGCCCCCCUACGACACCUGGGGGGGGGGGUGGCCGCAAGGACCGUUCUUCCAGCCCGGCCUCCGCAGAACCAGCAGCCGGAGAGUUUCUUUCUAGAGAACUCCAGCACUUGUUAGGUUCAAUACCUACUAUGUUGCCACCUGCUCCGGGGACCUCCGACUCUAUGCUUGACUCUGGCCCCGGAGUGGGCACAUCCAAGUGGACUCAAGGGACUGAGAUGGAUUCGAACGGAUCCCAGACCUGGGGGACCUGAGCCAGGCAGGGCGGAGAAGCAACCGGACGGCGCCAGCGGUCGGUGCAGGGCGCAGUGCAAAGCCUGGCAGAGGGUCCUGCGGAAAUGAGAUGCAGAUCUGUGGCACCAGAAUAGCAGCCGUAGCAGCUGAGAAGCCAUUCUGACCUCUUGGCCCAGUGUCUUGGUGGCAAUUGGAUAUGAAGAUGGCAGCCCGGGUGCUGUGGGGCAGCCUCAGCCUGCUCCGCCUGGGAUGGUGUCUUCUUCCACAGACAGGCUAUGUGCACCCAGAUGAGUUCUUCCAGUCACCUGAGGUCAUGGCAGAGGACAUCCUGGGCAUAGAGGCUGCACGGCCCUGGGAGUUCCACCCCAACAGCUCCUGCCGCACCGUGGUCUUCCCCCUGCUGACCUCGGGCUCUGCCUUCUGGAUGCUCAAGCUCUGGGAAGAGUGGGGGCCGUGGCCUGGCCCACUGAGUGGCUACAUGCUGCUGGUGGGGCCCCGACUCCUCCUCACUGCCCUCUCCUUUGCCCUGGACGCGGCUGUGUACCACUUGUCCCCUCUGUGGGGGGCAGAGCGCUGGAACGCCCUGGUCCUGCUGUCUGGUUCCUACGUCACCCUGGUCUUCUACACAAGGACCUUCUCCAACGCCAUCGAGGGACUGCUCUUUGCGUGGCUGCUGGUGCUGGUAUCCCACCGUGUGGCUUGGAGCCCCACACCCAAGAAGCCUGCUCUAGGCCCGUGGUGGCACAGCUGGCUCCUUGGAGGCAUCGUGGCUGCUGGCUUCUUCAACCGGCCCACCUUUCUGGCCUUCGCUCUGGUCCCCCUCUUCCUCUGGGGCAUUUGUGGAGCCACGAACCCUGGCUUCAAGUCACUGACCCAGGAAGCCCUGGUGCUGCUCCCAGGGGCGGCCCUCACAGCAGCAGUGUUUGUGGCCGUGGACAGCUGGUACUUCUCCAGUCCAUCUAGAUCCAGUACCCUUGUCCUCACACCUGCCAACUUCUUGCUCUAUAACCUGGAUCCUCAAAACCUGGCGAGGCACGGCACACACAUGCGGCUCACUCACCUGGUGGUCAACGGCUUCCUGCUCUUCGGCGUGCUGCAUGCCUGGGCCCUGCGUGCUGCGUGGCAAGAGCUGCAAGCCUUCCCCCAGGCCUUUGCACAAAGGGGCUUCCUGAGGGCGCUGGACGCCCGGAGCCUGCUUUCCAGCCCCAGGUCUCCCCUCCUGCUCCUCUACUUCAUGCCCCUGGCCCUGCUGUCUGCCUUUAGCCACCAGGAGGCUCGGUUCCUGAUCCCCCUUCUUGUCCCCCUAGUCCUGCUUUGUAGUUCACAGACCCAGCCUGGGCCCUGCAAGAACACCCUGGUCCUCUUCAAUGCCCUGGGGGCCCUCUUCUUCGGCUGCCUGCACCAGGGGGGCCUAGUGCCUGGCCUGGAGCACCUGGAGCGGGUGGUCCACGCGCCUGUGCUCCCAAGCAUACCCACCCACUACACACUCCUCUUCACCCACACCUACAUGCCCCCCCGGCACCUCCUAUACCUCCCAGGCCUGGGGUCACCCGUGGAGGUGGUGGACAUGGCUGGGACUAAGGACCGGGUCCUGUGCCAAGCGCUGGACAACUUCACCAGACAACCAGCCUGCCAGGUGGCCGGUGGGCCAUGGCUCUGCCGCCUUUUUGUGGUGACCCCUGGCACCACCAGGCCUGCCGUGGAGAAGUGCAGCUUCCCCCUCAAGAGUGAGACACUCCUGUUUCCCCACUUGACCCUGGAGGACCCCCCAGCCCUGUCCUCCCUGCUGAGUGGGGCUUGGAGGGACCAUCUCAGCCUUCACAUCUUGGAGCUGGGGGAGAAGCCUGACAAUAUGACAGAAAAGCCACUGCCCAAGAUUCAGCCAUAGGUGAAGGUGCCGCUCCACCUUCUACGUGGGUAGCUGGGCUGGGACACAGCCCUCAUUCUCUUCCUCUCCUUUCCCUUCCAGAAUCCCCAUCUCUGCCUCUCCUGGGCAGUCUUCAGCUGCUCUGCCUUCUGGGUGAGCUGGCAUGCUUCUUCCCUCAAAGACCAAAGAUUUGACCAGUCAUGGUCCUGAUCCCAAGGUCCCCAAAGAACCUGGUGUAACCAAUGGCGCCUAAUGUCUGUUUCUGUCAUAUUCCUUCCAGCCACUGUGAUGUUUUAAAUAUAUAAUAGCACCUG